AUGGAUCCCGAACCUCCAAGCGCCGUUGAUGUGUCGCGGCCCUCAGUUGCCCGGAUGUACGAUUUCUAUCUAGGUGGAAAACACAAUUAUCCUUCGGAUAGGGAUGCUGUUGCAGCAGUCAUAGAUGCAUACCCAAAGACCAUCGACAUUAUUGUGGAAGCUCGUCAUUUUUUGCGCCGCACAGUGCGGUAUAUGUGCUUCCAAGGCAUUGAUCAGUUCAUCGACAUGGGCUCAGGACUGCCUAGUGCAGAUAACACGCAUCAGGUGGCCCAAAGGGUAAACCCUAAUGCUCGUGUUGUCUAUGUUGAUAUUGACGAAGUUGCCGUUAGUUUUGGUCGACAGAUGCUCAGCGGAGAUCCUACAACUGCAUUCAUCCAAGGAUCAGUUCUCGAGCUGGAGCCGAUCUUGAACCACCCAGAAACUCGAAAGCUAAUUGACUUUUCGAAGCCGGUCGGUGUACUCAUGAUGGGAUUGCUGCAUUUCUUCUCUGUGGAUACCGACCAAGCCAUUCUUAAGGAUUUGCGAGACAAUCUUGCUCCAGGCAGUCUCCUUAGCUUUUCUCAUACAGUAUCAAACUUUCUGACUGAAGAGGAGAUUCGACAGAUCCUUGAUGCGUAUGCAAGGACGCCCACUCCUUUAAUUAUUCGGGAUAUGAGCGUAGUUGAACAAAUCAUGAAAGGUUAUACUGUUAUUGAACCCGGGCUUGUCCUAAUGCAUAAAUGGCAUAUGGAUAUAGCUGAAGAGGGAGAACCUGAAGCCCCUCAAACUUCUAUUAUGGUUGGAGUUGUGCUACGCACAUAG